AUGACAACAUUACAAGAACAUUCUAUACAAUUCAAUAUAGAUAGAGGAGGAACAUUUACAGAUAUUUAUGCAGAGUUGCCAACUGCACCAUACCAUGUGAUUGAAAAGCUAUUGUCUGUCGAUCCAUCAAACUACAAUGAUGCUCCAAGAGAGGGUAUACGUAGAAUCAUAGAACGUCUAUCUGGUGAAUCAAUACCAAAAGAUAAUGUAUCAACAAAGUAUAUUAAAUCAAUUAGAAUGGGUACUACAAUAGGUACAAAUGCAUUACUCGAACGAAAAGGUGAAAGAGUAUUAUUGAUCAUUACAAAAGGUUUUAAAGAUUUAUUACAAAUUGGAAAUCAAAGUAGACCAAAUAUAUUUGAUUUGGAGAUAAAGAAACCAUCUUUGAUUUAUGAAGAUGUGUUGGAGGUUGAUGAACGUAUAUCUAUAUCGGAGCUGGCAAUUGACCCAAUCGAGACAACGUCUGGACAAACAAACGAUGUGGUUAAAGUGAUUAGAGCACCGGAUAGAGAAAAGAUUCGAGCUGAUUUGGAGGUAUACCGAAACAAGGGAAUCAACAGUGUCGCCAUUGUAUUUGUACAUUCAUAUAUAUUCCCACGUCACGAAGAGAUGGUUGGAGAGGUGUGUCGAGAGGUUGGAUUCCAACAAGUAUCGAUAUCAAGUCGACUCAUGCCAAUGGUCAAAGUCGUGCCGCGUGGCAUUACCACCUGCAUCGACGCCUACCUCACCCCAAAGAUUGAAGAGUACAUUAAACAAUUUCUGCGUGGGUUUGAUAGCGGUAUUGGGGAUGUCGAAGUGUCGUUUAUGAUGUCGGACGGCGGCUUGUGUCCAGUUGACCAGUUCCGUGGGUUUAGAUCGAUUCUCUCUGGACCGGCAGGCGGAGUAGUUGGGUAUGGCAGCACCACGUAUACAGGCACACACCCAGUGAUUGGGUUUGAUAUGGGUGGAACGAGCACAGAUGUCAGUCGUUAUGACGGACACCUCGAACACGUGUUUGAGACUGAAAUCUCGGGGUUGGCAAUCCAAGCACCUCAACUCGACAUCACCACGGUGGCCGCCGGCGGAGGCAGCAAGCUGACAUUCAAGAGCGGGCUGUUUAGCGUCGGUCCCGAGUCAGUCGGCGCGCACCCCGGCCCAGUAUGCUACCGCAAGGGUGGCGAGCUGGCCAUCACCGACGCCAACCUCGUGCUCGGUCGUCUGCUACCCGAGUUCUUCCCAAAGAUCUUUGGCAAGACACAAGACCAACCACUCGACUUGUCCGCGUCACAACAUGCGUUUGAGCAGUUGUCCGAGCAAGUCAACCUCUUUCAACGCGAGAAUGGGUUGGAUCCCAUGUCGGUGGAUCAGGUCGCACACGGAUUCAUCCGUGUUGCCAAUGAAGCCAUGUGUCGUCCCAUCCGAAACAUUACAGAGGCCAAGGGAUUCGACUGCGCCAACCACGUGCUUGCCUGCUUUGGCGGUGCUGGUGGACAACACGCCUGUGCCAUCGCACUCAACCUUGGUAUGCCCAAAGUCUUCAUCCACCGAUUCUCGGGUAUUCUCAGUGCGUACGGACUUGGACUGGCCAGCGUUGUCAUUGAAAAGCAGGAACCCAGCGCACUCGUAUACACCUCUUCCAACCUCCCAACAUUUGCCGAGCGAUUGGACGUACUCCAAGCACAAGCUAUCGCCGAUCUAACGGAAAAGGGACAUACCAAAGAAACAAUCACCAUCGAACGUUAUCUCAACCUUAGAUUCACAGGUACUGACACUGCCAUGAUGGUAGCUGCAAAUAACACCGACAAAUCAUACGAAGACACAUUUAAAGAGAAUUACAAGAGAGAGUAUGGAUUCUUGUUGACAGGUCGUGAUUUAAUAGUUGAUGAUGUAAGAAUUAGAGCGUCGGCAACUGGGUCAACUCUUAAACCUAUUUCAGUGCGAUUGGGUACUGAUAAUGACAAGGUAGAGCCGUCUACUUGGACUAUGGCCUAUUUCACAGGUCUGGGACGUACACGUACUCCAGUCUAUCACCUCGAUCGAUUGUUGGGUGGAGACAAGAUAACAGGUCCCGCCAUCAUUAUAGACAAUACUAGCACGAUUGUAGUCGAACCAAAUUGCAAUGCAACCAUUCAACCUGGCAAUGGAAAUGUAGAGAUUGAAAUUGGUGGUGGCAAGGGACGUCAAAUUGGCACUGAACUCGAUCCCAUCUCAUUGUCGGUGUUUUCACAUCGAUUUAUGAGUAUUGCAGAGCAGAUGGGAAGGACGUUGCAACGUACUUCAACAUCGACCAAUAUCAAGGAACGUCUCGAUUUCUCGUGUGCGAUAUUCAGUCCGCUUGGCGAGCUGGUUGCCAACGCACCGCACAUUCCUGUGCAUUUGGGGUCGGUCGGGUCAGCUGUCACCUACCAGAUCGAGACACUUGGCGAUGCCUGGAAGCAGGGUGACGUCAUCCUCACCAACCAUCCACAGGCUGGCGGUAGUCAUCUCCCCGACAUGACAGUCAUCACGCCCGUCUAUGCACCCAACCAUACUGAACGUCCAGUGUUUUAUGUCGCUAGCAGAGGUCAUCAUGCCGAUAUUGGUGGCAUCACUCCUGGAUCAAUGCCGCCCUUUUCAAAGACACUCGAAGAGGAGGGUGUGGCGAUAAAGUCGUUUAAAGUAGUCGAAGCAGGUGAGUUUAGAGAAGACAAGAUAAGAGAGUUGUUUGCCAAGUCGAGAAACCUGGCUGACAAUAUAUCAGAUCUCAAGGCACAGGUCGCUGCCAACAACAAAGGUAUUAGAUUGAUGCAAGAGCUGAUCAACAGUUAUGGACUGGACGUUGUACAUGCCUACAUGAAACAUGUACAAAAGAAUGCCGAGUUGGCGGUACGUGACAUGUUGACCGAGAUAUCAGUGUCGCGUGGAAUGGCAUCCAAAGAUACACUUGUCGCCGAGGACUAUAUGGAUGACGGAUCACCCAUUCGUCUCGCACUGACAAUUGACCGUGCCGAAAGAACUGCCAUCUUUGACUUUACAGGCACAGGCGUACAAGUACACGGCAACACCAACACACCUCAAUCUAUCACCAAGUCGGCCAUUAUCUAUGCACUGCGGUGUCUUGUCAAACGAGACAUUCCACUCAACCAGGGGUGUCUAGAUCCCAUCACUAUCAUUAUCCCCGACAACUCUCUAUUAUCCCCUGACGAGCAUGUAGGUGUUGUCGGUGGCAAUGUACUCACGUCACAGCGUAUCACCGAUAUUAUCUUGUCGGCGUUUGGCGCCUGUGCCAAUUCACAAGGAUGUAUGAAUAACCUCACAUUUGGCGAUGAAAAGCUUGGAUACUAUGAAACGAUUGCAGGUGGUGCUGGCGCAGGUCCCACAUGGCAGGGAUGCGAUAGUGUCCAAUGUCACAUGACCAACACCAGAGCCACCGACAUUGAAGUAAUGGAGAAACGGUAUCCCGUCAUUGUCCGAGAAUUCUCUAUCCGUCAAGGAUCCGGAGGACAAGGUCACCAUCGCGGAGGUAACGGAGUCACCAGAGAAAUUGAAUUCCUCAAGCCAUUCUCAGUCAGCAUUCUCUCUGAACGCCGUUCAUUCCAACCACGUGGAUUAUUCGGUGGAGAGAAUGCUCAACGUGGUAUCAACCUUAUUAUCAAAGGUGGAAAUCAAGGAAGAAUCAUUAACCUCGGUGCCAAAAAUUCAAUCAACGUUGAAAGUGGUGAUCGAUUUAGAAUUCAAACUCCUGGUGGAGGUGGUUAUGGUAAACCCAACUAA